AUCUUGUCUACUCCUGAACUCGCAUACUCUGCUUUCCUGAUUUCGAUACCCGCGCCCUCCCAGCUUCAAGCUCGAAACGAAAAGUCGACGCGCUCGUGCACAGUUCCGCACAUGGCCUCCCUCUGCGCCUCCUGGUGCUGGGCAGCUCCGGUGACCGUCGCCGCCGCGUCCCCGAGCACGCGCCCGGCUCGCGUGACCCUGCUCGCGCUCCCGCGCGCCCCCUCGCCGGCGCCGUUGCCGAGGAUCCAGCUGGGGCGACACCCCCGCGACGCAUUCUUCGUCUCCCGGUGCCAGAAGGGCGCCGAUCGCAACCCUGAGCCCAAGCCGGAGCCCGAGCUGGAGCAACCGGACGUGGUAGACAACUUCUUCAAGAAGCUGGAUAAGGCCCGAGAUGACUAUAUAGUCGAGAAAGGUUGGCAUAUGCCACCUGAGAUCUUUCGUAAGCAAAAGGAUGAAAUUAUUAAAUACUCGUGGGAGAUUGACAUUCUGCAUGCAGACAUUGAUGAUAUAUCAAAUAGAAUAUGCGGCCAUGCACUUUCAGCUCUGGAUUUAGCUUCCACGGUCAUGGAUAUGCCAUCAUUAGGCCUUGGCACAAAUGAAAUUUCACAACAAACGGUGCACCAGAUGGUUCGGUCGUAUGCAACGACAUUCUGUAAGGCUGCAGAAGACGCUUACCAUAAGAGGGUCCAAAUAGACACGAUUUGUUCGUUUCUUGGUGCUCUCGGAUGUUUAGGGGCAAUUGCUCAUAUGUUGGUUGAGGAUACUGUGUCUAACCUCGAAGAUGGCCAUUUGAAAAGUAAGAUUACCUAUCAGCUGGAUACAGAUUACCAUCAGUUCAGUAAGAAGAUGAAUGUUUUGCAUGAGAAAAUCAAGUUGACUGAACGAACCGAGAUAGUUGGUAAAAUACUCCUGGAAGGUUUGAUACAUGCAAAAUCAUAUGUAAAAAAGCUGAUCGAAGAUGCACAUCAUCUCCAAGACCAAGACUGAGGUAAAAAUUUCAGUCGCGUUAAAGCCAUAGGUAUGAUUGGGAGAGGAUAUCUUUGAGCUGCCUGAGGGCGAAGCAAACUAUAGAUGCUGGCAGUGCAUCCUUUACUACUAGGAGGAGAUAAAAAUGCAUUCUUUGUUGUAAUGACUUAAUAACAAUUUGUGCGGUCAGUUUCACUAGUACUUUGAGUGGUUUUAUACUUAGCGCAAGAACGUACAGAAAACAGCAUGUUCUCAAGACUUCGAAAAUAUCUUCAGUUCUUUUUUC